CCGCGGCGUCCCGCCCUUCCGGUCCCGAGGCCGGUCCACCGCAUCUGCUUUCCGCCCGGCGCCGGCUGUGGGCGCGACGGUCGCCUCGUUCCGCCGCCGCGAGGCCCUUCCGGCGCACAAGCACGCAAUGUCGGGCCCCAACGGGGACCUGGGCAUGCCGGUGGAGGCGGACGUGGAAGGCGAGGACGGCGGCUUCGGGGAAGCAGAGUACGCGGCCAUCAACUCCAUGCUGGACCAGAUCAACUCGUGCCUGGACCACCUGGAGGAGAAGAACGACCACCUGCACGCGCGGCUGCAGGAGCUGCUGGAGUCCAACCGGCAGACGCGGCUGGAGUUCCAGCAGCAGCUCGGGGAGAGCCCGGGCGACGCCCGCUCCUAGCCCAGCACGGCCCGCGGCCCGCCCGCCAGUUAGCGCCCUGCCUGCCUGUCCCCGGGGCGCUGCCCACUCCGCCCAGGCCCGAGUGCCCGCAUUAAACGGAUCUCUGACGUCA